CAAAAGUAUUCUUACAAAAAACCCCAAAGCAAAAUAAUUGACUCCUGGCAAUCUCAGGGAUAUCCUACUUGAGCCAAUUUUGCUGUCUUGGCAGUUGAAAUAAUAUAUGUAAAUGGCAUGGUCAUUGAUGAGAACGACAGCUUUCGAUGUCCGCUUCAUCCGCAGUAGCUCAAGUCUGGUUUAUCUGGCUCGGUUUUAUAUACAGCCUGACAUGGUACCUUUUUGUGCGAAAGAAAUUGCUGUCUACGAUUACAGCAGGGUUUUUCUUGUGGGUGUUAUCUCUCAAAAGCCUUUGAAUUUUCGUCUCAGAUAUCUGUCCAAUAUUGUGGCACCAAGAAGCCUGUGUUGGGAAGGAUCUUCUCAUGACAUUUUGGUGAAAAAUCUUGAAAGUUAUUUAAAGAAUCAUCAAGUUGAUGAAGCAUGGGAAGUUUAUACAGGUUUCAGGAAACUUUAUGGUUUCCCAGAUGACCACUUAUUAAGUAUGGUCAUAACAGAAUUGUCUUACACGCGUGAACCCAAAUCGCUUAAGAGAGCAUACGAUAUCAUCCUAUCUCUUCCCAAGAAGAAGACAAACUCACUCCACUUUGAUGUGCUGUACAACCUCUCACUCUCUUUAGCUAGAGCCCAGAUGUCUGUUCCUGCAUCCAUGAUUCUUAGGAUAAUGAUCGAGAAAGAUAAUAUACCACCAACUAACUUAUUGGGGCCGCUUAUGCUUCAUUUGGUCAAGAAAGAGAUUGGCGCGUAUCUUGCAUCGAAUAUAUUAAUUCAGAUUUGUGAUCAUUUUCAGCAUUCGGGUUCUAAUCAAUCUACAAUAAAACCUGAUACUACAGUUUUUAACCUCGUACUGGAUGCUUGCUCAAAUCAUACCUUAUCUUUAAAGGCCCAGCAACUCAUAGAGUUGAUGGCACAAAUAGGGGUAGUUGGUGAUGCAUAUACUAUCAACACUAUUGCCCGGAUCCAUGCAAUUAACUGCCAGAGAGAUGAUUUGAAGAAAUUUAGAGAUUGUGUUGAUCCAGUUGCAGGUUAUUUAAGUCAUCAUUAUUUCCAGUUUUACGACUGCCUUAUGAGCUUACAUUUCAAGUUUAAUGAUAUUGAUUCUGCCUCCAAUCUCAUAUUCGAUAUGAUCAAUUUCAGUGAAACUCGGAAGGUCCCACAUAUGCCUUCCCUUGUCUCGCUUGGAUCUCGGAAUCUUAGAAAAGGUUUAAAAUUACAGGUUUUACCUCACUUGUUACAUGGAAAUUCCUUAGUGAAGCUAGAAAGAAACGAGGGUCUUGUAAUGCAUAAGAACAGAAAGCUAGUGUUUACCAACAAAACCCUUGCAAAGCUCAUUGUAGGAUACAAACGAAAAGGUAGGAUUCCUGAGCUUGUAAAGCUUUUAUGCCAAAUCCAGAUGAAUAAUAUAAGUAUUGAUAUUAUUAAUGCUUGUAUUCAUGUGGGGUGGCUGGAAACCGCCCAUGAUAUCCUGGAUGAUUUUGAACGGGAGGGUGAGUUACUGAACGCUGAGUCAUAUACAUCAUUGUUAAUGGCUUAUUACAAAGGUAAUAAGCACAGAGAAGCUGAGGCAUUGCUGAAACAAAUCAAGAACGCUGGUAUAAUAACAUUUGACACGACAAGUAUCCCAAAAGAUGUUCUUGUUUCUAGUGAUAGAUCAGAUUUGAUUACAUGUUUGGUCCAAGAAAUGAAAGAAGGGGAUACAGAUUCUUCAGUUUAUGAAUUUAACUCGUCAAUUUACUUCUUCAUGAAGGCUGGGAUGAUUGAUGAUGCUUUAAAGACAUAUAAAAGUAUGCAACGAAUGAAAGUGUAUCCUAGUGUGGCAACUUACAUAUACAUGGUGAUGGGGUAUUCUUCUUUAGAAAUGUAUCGUGAAAUCACUAUAUUAUGGGGUGAUAUACGGAGUUCUGAUGAAGGGAAUUUAUCUUUUAAUAGAGACUUGUAUGAGGUUUUAAUUCUUAAUUUUUUGAAAGGGGGUUAUUUUGAGAGGGUGAUGGAGGUCAUUGGUUGCAUGAAGAAGCACGGAAUGUAUCCUGAUAAGGGGUUUUAUAGAAGUGAGUUUCUGAAACUGCACAAGAAUCUUUAUAUAAAAUUGAAAUCAUCGAAUGCUAGAACUGAGGCUCAAAGCAAAAGGCUUGAACAUGUGAAAGCUUUCAGAAAGUGGGCUGGCAUUGACUGAGAUUGUUCCAACUUUGAUGUCUAUACGAAGGCAUAAGAGUAAAGAUGGAAACUGGUUCAGUGCUUUUAAAGGCCAAAAUGUUUUUAAUCAUCAUAAAUGACAUACUCAAAAUGCAUUGGAAGCUAAAUGGUAUGGUUGCAUCCCGCUUCUCUUUUUGGAAAUAAAAUUAUACGAGUAUCUGCCUAGCUUAUCCACAGAGGCUCAAUUUAUUUUUGUAGACUUUUGCUCGUAAUGCUUGAGUAAACGGGUAAACUGUGGCGGAAUCUUUGGCUCUGAUGUAUGCAGCCUACCCAAUAUUCCAGUGGUCGUUUCCAAGACUUUUUCCUUGGGUAGCUCGUGAAUGUAAUGUUUACAAUCGCUUGUCAUUUCGCGAAGCAGAACUUCUUAAGAAAUAGGAAUUUUUAGACCAUUUGAAGAGUAAGGAUUCUGAUAAAGGUUAUCAAUAGUUCAACCAUUGUUAAUAGAACUUGAUGUCAUUAUUAAAGGUGGCAAAACGGCCCGGUCACAUAACUCUUUAUUUAUUUAUUUAAAUUAUUAUUAUUCUUUUGGGUUCCGUUUAAACUGCCAUUGCUAAUUAUGGGACCAUGGAGUUAGACAGGACAUAUCAGGUUCGUCUGUCAGCAAUUUUUCAGCAAUUGGUGCUUUGUCAAGUCAUGCUGUGUGGUGUUCAAGUUAGCACCCAUGUGUUCAUAGUUGGACACUGAUCCGGUUGUCUUGUUUGUUUGCACUAAACUAAUUUGUAGGCCACCUUGCCUAACUGUAUAAAUAGCACGCCUCAUUUGACAA